AUGAAAACUUCUCGGACAUUCAGGCCGGUAAAUGUUGCUUCCUCUUCUCCCUUUUUCUGGCUUCCUUUCUUUCUCUUUUUUUUAAUUCUCUGGCUCCCCACCUUUCUCUGGUUUCCUCAAUCUGUUAUCGCUUUUUCUAUUUUCUUUCUUUCUUUUAUUUACUUUUUAUCUUUCUUUCUUUCUUUUAUUUACUUUUUAUCUUUCUUUCUUUUAUUUACUUUUUAUCUUUUUUCUUCUUUCUUUUUAUUUACUUUUUAUCUUUUCUUUCUUUUCUUUUUAUUUACUUUUUAUCUUUCUUUCUUUCUUUUAUUUACUUUUUAUCUUUCUUUCUUUUAUUUACUUUUUAUCUUUCUUUCUUUCUUUUAUUUACUUUUUAUCUUUCUUUCUUUCUUUUAUUUACUUUUUAUCUUUCUUUCUUCCUUUCAUUUUAUUUAUUUUUUUUCCUUUGUGCCAUUCUCCAGUUCGCCGCCUUUUUCUUUCUUUCUUUUGUCUUUAUCCUUUCAGCAAAUUUAUUUCCCCCACUUUUUUUUUUCAUAUUUCGUUUCUUUUUUUUUUUCUUUCUUUCUUUCGCUACUUUUCUUUCUGUUCUCGUAUUCCUUUUAUUUUAUUUUCCUCUUUCUUGUUAGAUUUUUUCUUUCUCCUUCAUUGUCCUACAAUUCUAUUUUCAUUUUCGCCCUUAUUUUUCGUAUUCUUUCUCAUUUAUAUUUCUCUAACCCCUCCUCACCCUUACCUUUUUAUAAUCUCUGCUUUUUCCGUUUUAUUUUCUCUUUUCGUUUUUCCACUCUUUUCAUCUUGAUCCUUAUUUCGGGCCUACCACCUUCUUUCCCUCCUAUGUUACUCUCCUCUCCUUCCCCCUGUUUUCUCUCUCUUUUUCUUUCGCCCUGUUUUCUCUCUCUUUUUCUUUCGCCCUGUUUUCUCUCUCUUUUUCUUUCGCCCUGUUUUCUCUCUCAUUUUCUUUCGCCCUGUUUUCUCUCUUUUUCUUUCGCCCUGUUUUCUCUCUCUUUUUCUUUCGCCCUGUUUUCUAUCCUCUCCCUUCAUCUUCCAAUACUUUUCUUCUCUUUACAUCUUGCGCCUUAUUUUUCUCUUUUCUUUCUCCCUCCUCCCUCUCUUAUUUUCUAUUUUCUCCUUUCUUCGUUUUCUUUUCUCUCCCUUUAUCUUCCUAUACUUUUCCUCUUCCUACCGCCAUUAUUUUUCUCCUCUUUCUCUGCUUUCACCGUUUUCUUUUCUUUCUCUUGUCGUAAAAGCGGUAUAAUUAUUUGA